UGCUCCAGGCAAAUCAAUGAGGAUCCGCGAUGCUGAGUGCGGCAACCCUCGUUCGCCUUGCAAGAUAAUUUUGUGCAUUUCAACUUUUGAAUAUCAUCAGCAAGUUAAGAGAAAUACCUCCUAAAUCAUUUUGACAAAUAUGACUGAUCGGUUCAUUUUGACGCGCCUUUUGCAUUUAAUAUGUGAUCUUUUUCAUACUGUUUUACGAGUGGGAUAAGGGAGGGCGAAAGGUGCGUUUGGAGCUUGGCGGACAACGGGGCUCCUGCAAAUAAAUUCAUUUUUGAAAUUCCAGGGGGGAAUGAGGGGGCACUAUUCCUAACCCCCCACACUGAUUGAUUAGUUAUUAGUCAUCCCGUGGCUCAGAGACUCUUCCAAAGGGCAACGUGGAACACAUACAUGAAUCAACUAUCCGUUACCCUUCAAUCUCAGCUGAAGACUCACUUUUGCUUAAAGAAGGGGUGAGAAGGGGGUCGUGGCUUAACAUUAUAAGAGGGAAAAUAACAGCAUCGCUUCAUGGGUUUGUUUAUCUCCAAUCUCCGUCUUGACAAGCACUUGUAAAAAUCCAAGGGAAGGACUUUUAAAGAAGAACACUGUGACAGCACGUAUUGUAUUUCAUACAUUUAUCAUUCCCCUCCCCCUUUCUGUUUUUUAUUUAUCACCUCUUCUCCCGAAAAAAAAAUGAAAGUUUGGAGUUUUCUUCCCUGGCUCCCCUGCCUUGUCAUCCUCAUCUUGUGCUUUGGAUCAGAGUGCGGGACAGUCUGGAGAAAGGGGAGAUCCAAGAGGGAGUUGGUGCGGAUGAGAGACGCCAGAGCGACCUUCCCGGGGGCUUGUGCCACACGGCUGCCCCGGGGCAAACGCUCCUUGCCCGGCUUGGAUCGGCGGUUGCCUCGCCAGCGGCGUCGCUCCUCCCAGGCUGAGGAGAGCUCCUCAGGUCGGGGAAAGGCAGUUUAUUUUACCGGGAGGGGAGACCAACUACGACUUAAGCCAGGAGUGGAGAUACCGCGGGGAAAUUUUACUUUCGAGAUGUGGGUCAAACCCGAAGGAGGUCAGCGAUCGCCCACAGUAAUUGCAGGACUGUUUGAUAAAUGUUUCUAUGCGUCCAGCGAUCGCGGUUGGCUCCUGGGCAUCAAGGCGGUCAGUGAACAGGGCAACCGUGACCCACGCUUUUUCUUCUCCCUGAAGACCGACCGCGCCCACAAGGUCACCUCCAUCCAUGGCAACGGCCGCUACAUGCCCAACCACUGGGCGCACGUGGCGGUCACCUACGACGGCCUCUACAUGAAGCUGCUGGUCAACGGCGCCCAGGUGGCGGUCAGUCGGGAGCAGUCCGGCGACGUCUUCAGCCCCCUCACCAAGAAGUGCAAGGUCCUGAUGGUGGGGGGGAACGCGCUGAACCACAACUACCGGGGCGCAGUGGAGCAGGUCAGCCUGUGGCGCUACGCGCGCUCGCAACAGGACAUCAACAGAGACAUGCAUGCCCGACCGGACGUGGCCGAGGACCUGGCGCACCUGGUCAUCCGGGAGAAUUUCGAGCAUGUCAGGCGGAAGUGGCUGUCGGUGAAGGAUGGCAGUCUCCCACAGCCUGACGAGGGUCCCCGGGCUGGGAUAGGGGGCACAGGCGGGGGCUCGCUGGACACUACGCUUGAGCCAACAAAUUGUGGCCAGAUGGUGUGUGACAACGUAGAGGUGGCGACCAACUACAACCGCUUCUGGACUUUCCGGCGCCCGAAGGUGGUGCGCUACCGCGUGGUCAACAUCUACGACGACAAUCGCCGCAAACCCACCGUCACCGACCAGCAGAUUCACCUGCAGCACCAGCACCUGAACGAGGCGUUCAGCCUGUACAACAUCACCUGGGAGCUGAGCGUGCUGAACGUUACCAACUCCUCACUACGGCACCGCCUCGUGCUGGCCAACUGCGACAUCAGCAAGGUUGGCGACGAGGAGUGCGACUUGGAGUGCAACCACACACUGACCGGCUUUGACGCCGGCGACUGCCGGCCCCAGAGGAGCGACUGUCCGCAGCAGAAGCUGGGCGAUGGGAAGUGCGACGCGGAGUGCAAUCGGGACAGCUCAACAGGCCUGCUGCAGUACUUCUACGAUGGUGGAGACUGCUGCAACCCCAACGUCACCGACGUCACCAAAACCUGCUUCAACCCAGCCUCACCGCACAGGGCCUAUCUGGAUGUGAAGGAACUGAAGGAGAUCUUAAACCUGGAUGGGUCCACGCACCUCAACGUCUUCUUUGCCAACUCCUCUGAUGAAGACCUAGCCGGUGUUGCCACCUGGCCGUGGGACAAGGAGGCCUUGACACAUUUGGGUGGGAUCGUGCUGAACCCUUCCUUUUAUGGCACCUUUGGUCACUCACACACCAUGAUCCACGAGAUCGGUCACAGCCUGGGCCUCUACCAUGUGUUCCGCGGCAUCUCGGAAGUGGAGUCCUGCAACGACGCGUGCCUGGAGACCGAGGCGUCAAUGGAGACGGGCGACUUGUGCGCCGACACCAACCCCACACCCAAACACAAGCACUGCCGUGACCCUGAGCCAGGCAACGAGACCUGCGUCAGCCAACACUUCACACACACACCCUUCAACAACUACAUGAGCUACGCAGACGACGACUGCACCAACUCCUUCACACUGAACCAAGUGGCGCGCAUGCACUGCUACUUGGACCUCAUCUACCAGACCUGGCAGCCGGCCUACAAGCCACCUCCCGUGCCUCUAGCGCCCCAAGUGGUGGAACAGGAGCAUGACGCCAUCACCCUGGAGUGGUUUCCCCCCAUCUCAGGACACUUCUACGACAGAGAAGUGGGAUCAGUGUGUGACAAGUGCACUGAGGGCCGAGUCCUGCUGCAGUACGCGUCCAACUCAUCGUCCCCACGACCAUGCACCCCCUCUGGACACUGGAGCCCUCGAGAGGCCGAGGGUCCCCCUGACGUGGAGCAGGCGUGUGAGCCGAGUGUGCGCACCUGGAGCCCUCAUAACGGCAUGGAGGUGAGUCGUGUGCCACCCCCGUGCCCGCUGCAGGGGUGCAUGCUGCAGCUGGAGUUCGCCCACGCGCUGGUGCCUGACUCGCUCACCAUCUGGGUGACCUUCUCAUCGCCGGACGCACCAGACGAGGCCGUGCUGCCAGCCAUCCACAACAUCCUGCUGCUGACCGUCAGCGGGCACAACGUCUCGCUGGGCCCCAGCAACGUGUUCUGCGACAUGCCGCUGACGCUGAAGCUGGCGGUGGACGAGCAGGUGUACGGCGUUCAGAUCUUCACCAUGGAGCAGCACCUGGAGAUCGACGCCACCAUGCUGGCCUCCAAGCCUGAGUGCCCGCUGUGCCACCCGUGCCAACCCCUCAACUACCGCCUGCUGCGCCAGCCACCCUUCACCCACGCCCCGCAGGGCAUCAUCCUCCAGGACUCCUCACGCAGAUAUGUCGACAGGGACGUGAAGGCUGGAGGAGUGUACAUCUACCAGGUCCAGACCAUUUCCACCUGGAACGAGAGUGAGCCCUCCCCCCCCCUGACCCAUCGUCUGGGUGCCCCCUACUGUGGAGACGGCAAGAUCCAGAGCUCCAGAGGUGAGGAAUGUGAUGACCACAACUCCAUGAAUGGAGACGGAUGUUCCAGCCAGUGCAAGAAGGAGCCAUUCUUUAACUGCAUCGACCCAGCUCUCUUCAAACUCACCAGGCCUCUGCAGGAGGUCUACCCAAAACCCAAUCACCCAGCCUCCCAGCGCAGGUGUGCCUUUACCAAUCAGCCACAGACCUGCCAGUCCAAGGUGUUUGAGAGUGACCUGUCGGACGGGGUGUCACAGUACGCCUGGUUCCCCUGCCGAGAGGCGCAGCGCACAUCCUGGUACCCUGACUACUGGCUCAAGGCCCAUUUCUCCCACCCCAUGGUCGCGGCAGCGGUCAUAAUUCAUCUGGCGGCCGACGGCACCAGCUACAUUGACCAAACGCAGCGCAACAUCACGGUGCACCUGGUGGACACCAAGGAGGGCAUCCACGAGUUAGGAGACUGGCGCCUGAGCUGCCGCACCAACCCUUUGGUCAUCCCUGUGCGGCAUGACCUGAGCCUGGCCUUCUACCACACCAAGGCCAUCGUGGUGCUGUUCCGCUCCGACCUGGUGGCCAUCUCUGGCGUGGCGCUGCGCUCCUUCCAGUUCUUUGACCCCAUCACCAUCAGCGGUUGCCAGAGCAACGAGAUCUACAACCCCAUGGGUCAGAGCUGUGUCCGUUACUCGUGCGACGCCAUCAACUGCCAGAAGCCUCUGAUCCGCAGUGCGGAGGUGAGGUGCAGUAGUAGCAGCUACUUCAAUGGUGCGCGCUGCUCUGUCACCUGCUCCAGCGGCUACGUGCUGCAGAUCCAGAGAGACGAUGACAUCAUCAAGAGCCAGGCCGGCCCCUCUGUGUCCAUCACGUGUGCCGAUGGGAAGUGGAACAAACAGGUGUCGUGUGAGCCGGUGGACUGCGGCCUGCCGGACAAGUACCACGUCCACCCAGCGGUCUUCCACUUCCCUGACGGCACCACCUACGGCAAGAAGACCACCUUCCAGUGCAAGGAGCCCGCGCAGCUAGUGGGCACCAAUAACACACUGACGUGCAUGGAGGACGGGCUCUGGUCCUUCCCAGAAGCCCUGUGUGAGCUGCGCUGCCCGGCCCCUCCCCUCGUACCGCACGCCGUGCUGCAGACCAAGCGCUGCAAUGAGACCGGCCUCAAGGUGGGGUCACUCUGCAAGUACAAAUGCAGACCGGGCUACCACGUUACCAACAAGCCCAAGAGGCGUGCCUUCAAGCGGCAGUGCACGGAGGAUGGGACGUGGCUGGAGGGCGGCUGUGAGCCGGUGACGUGCGCCCCCCCCCCGGCCGUGUUCCACGGCGCGUACCUGUGCACGGAGGGGUUCCGCUUCGACAGCACCUGCUGGAUCAGCUGCCGCGGCCCCAACCACACGGGUCCGAACACAAACGUGAUCCGCUGCAGGAAAGACGGCAACUGGACUGGGGCCUUCCACGUCUGCCCUCAGAUGAAGGGACAGUGCUCUUUACCUCAGAACCUCCACCCCAACAUCCGCGUCAGCUGCAGGAAAGGAUAUGGCAUAGGUGCGGAGUGUGACCUGUCAUGCCGAGACCCCAACAACAACAAUAACAAUGUGGUGAUACUGCCUAGCAACAUGACCUCAGACAACAUCCUCAAACACCACUGGCUCAACCCUCCCAAAGUGAAGAGUAUCGUGUGCACCAUGGGUCUGAAGUGGUUCCCCCAUCCUGAGGUGCUCCACUGUAUCAAAGGAUGUGAGCCGUUUAUGGGUGAUAAUUACUGUGACGCCAUCAACAACAGAGCCUUCUGCAACUACGACGGAGGAGACUGCUGUCAAUCCACCGUCAAGACCAAGAAGGUGAUCCCGUUCCCCACGUCCUGUGACAUGAGAGAAGACUGCGCCUGCCGAGACCCGCGGGCCCAUGAGAACGUGCUGGCCGACAGCGUGGCCACUCUGGGCUGAACAGGACCGCACAGAACUGGCCCCAGCCAGCUAGGACCGGACCGGACCGGACAUUCCUAUCACAUGCUGCUUUACAGGUGUACCUCUGGACCCCAUAGUACCCCCUAGCUGCCCUAUCUACCCCAUAGUACCCCCCCCCCCAACCUGCCCUAUCUACCCCAUAGUACCCCCUCCAUACUCCAACCUGCCCUAUCUACCCCAUAGUACCCCCUCCAUACUCCAAGCUGCCCUAUCUACCCCAUAGUACCCCCUUCACACUCCAAGCUGCCCUAUCUACCCCAUAGUACCCCCUUCACACUCCAAGCUGCCCUAUCUACCCCAUAGUACCCCCUUCACACUCCAAGCUGCCCUAUCUACCCCAUAGUACCCCCCUUCACACUCCAAGCUGCCCUAUCUACCCCAUAGUACCCCCUCCACACUCCAAGCUGCCCUAUCUACCCCAUAGUACCCCCUCCACACUCCAAGCUGCCCUAUCUACCCCAUAGUACCCCCUCCAUACUCCAAGCUGCCCUAUCUACCCACUACCACCAUGACCACCACCAAGACUCCACUCUCCACAUCUUCUGCCACCUCCGGCCAUCAUCCCAGUACUGUACUACAUACUAGUACUAUACUACAUCCAAGUACUGUACUACAUACUAGUACUAUACUACAUCCCAGUACUAUACUACAUACUAGUACUAUAUACUCCACACUAGUCCAGGACCAAAGAGAGCACCAAUACUCCAUACACCAAUACUCAUCUCUGUUGGAGCCGCAGACGCGCUGGUCAGCAUGCCUUUGUUUUUCUGCUGGACUUUGUGGCCAUUGUGUGUGCCGUGUUCCUCGCCUGUGUCCAGUCUCUCACGGGAAGGCAAGAGGACGACACACAAAGACAAAGACAGACCAUGGAAAA